GGUACCCCGCCGCAAUCACUUGGCCCGGGGGCCGGGGCACCUGCUUCCCGCCCGAUCCACCGUCCCACAGAUUCCGAGGGGGAAGGAGGGCAAGCCAGGGAUCAAGCCACAAUCAGACGGAAAAGUGUGGCUUUUACAAUGCUGUGGCUGCUCUUUUCCUUUUCACACCAUUUACGCUAGAACGACCGCUAACCCUCGACAUGGUGAUAUGGUGAAAGUGAGCGAGUGACAACCAACGAGUGCUAUUUGAGAAGCUUUCUUUUUGUUAAUAUACCUCACAAAUUGCAAGGAUUUCUUUGUGAGCCUGACAACCGACUACAACGGAACUCUGCGGCACCAGGGUUGACUCACACACAGCUGGAAGGGUCGCCGAUGUGUCAAGAUGAGUGAUGCGGAAAAACUCGACGGGGCAGAAGGCAUGAUUUUCGAAAUUUUAAAAAAGUCCUUGGAUGGCACAACUGCAGCUCGUCUCGGGAAACUGAGCGUUCCUAAGCGGAGAGCCAUCGAGACACCAAAUUACUAUGCCGUCGCUUCGAGGGGUGUACUUCCUCAUGUCACCCCGGAUAAUUUGAAGAAACAUGCGCCCUUCAGUGGAGCGUACAUGGCGCUCGAGGACUUCAUUGAGAAGAAGAACCCUUCCGCGCUUUCAAUACCCUCGCCAGAAAAGAAGCCACUCCACACCUUUUCUUGCCUGCCCGAAAGCAUAGCUACGGUUCUCGCUGCCAGGAGAAACCCAGCGGUUAAGACUCCCGUGGGCAAUGGCGCAAAGUUCGUGGCCAUCUUCACCUCGACCGGCUUCAGGAACCUCUCCACCGACGAGUACUGUGCGGCUGUCGAGACGCUGAAGCCUGACAUCGCCAUUGGCCCCGCUGAUCUGUUCCACACGAGCACGAUGCCGGCCUCAAAGAAGCUUGUUCGCAUGGCCGAGCGAACCGAGGAAUGGACCGAUGUGUUUCUGACGGCCAAGAGGCGUGAACUCUUCAAGGCGUCUGGGGUCUCGGUGUUUGCGCCUGUUCUUGCGGUGCCGUACACUGUGCAGUGGGAGUACCUUCGUCAUCUCGCGGACGAGGUGGUCGACUCGCUUUCAGGGCUGGCUAUCUACGAUGUUGAUAUUUUGCCCGAUAUCGAGGACCACCACAAAUCCUUGGGUUCUCUUCCUCGUCUGUCAUUGCACAUUCCCGAGACUCCACAAGCUAUUCUCCGACAGAUUUCCCUAGGAGUCGAUAUUUGCACGAUACCAUUCAUCAACGCCAUCUCCGACGCAGGUGUAGCUCUGUCCUUCACUUUCCCUCCCCCCGAAAGCCAAGGCAAUGCUAUCAGGCCUCUGGGCGACGAUAUGUGGGCUCCCGAAAACGAGGUGGCCAUGGAACCCCUCUCCCCGGGCUGCAAGUGCUACGCCUGCACGACACACCACAGGGCCUUCCUCCACCAUCUCUUGAACGCCAAGGAGAUGCUCGGCUGGACGCUGCUGCAGAUUCACAAUCACCAGGUGAUGGCCGACUUCUUCGCCGGAAUCCGGGCGACCCUCGCAAAGGGCGCCGCGGAGUUUGAGGAGCAGUCGCAGCGCUUCGUCGCGGCGUACGAAGCGGAACUGCCGCAGGGUACGGGGACGAGACCGAGGGCGAGGGGCUACCACUUCAAGGGCGAGGCGAAUCCUAGCAGAAUCAACCCGCCGGCGUGGGUUGACUACGCUGCGGACGGUGAGGGCGUCGCAGCCAAGGAAAACGGAGCGGCGGUAGCAGCGGAGGGUACGGAAACGCCGCUUGUGCCGGAUUUGGGCUCGCUGGAACUUGAGGAGAAGGGGUUCGCUGAGGUUGCUGGCAAGAAGUAGUAGUCCGAGACAACGGAUAUUGGUCACCUACGAAGGGCCCGAUGGAUGAUCGGGAGCCAUAGUGGUUAUCAUCUACCAAGCCAGCGAAAUGGAAAGGCCUUAGUAGUAUCGAAAUCACUAAACAAGCCACUUGAAACAAG